CCCACGUGGGCACCAGGGGCUUUUGCAGGCGCACAGACUCUCAGCGCCCACGUCCAGGAAGAAGGUUCUCCAACCCGAGAGCGCACUGGGUGGAGGCACUGCGAUGUCUGGCGGAGAACAGGAACCAGGGAGGUACUAUGUGGGCGUGGACGUUGGGACGGGCAGUGUCCGUGCUGCUCUGGUGGACCAGAGCGGGGUCCUUUUGGCUUUCGCAGACCAGGCAAUUAAGCAGUGGGAGCCCCAGUUCAACCACCACGAGCAAUCCUCCGAGGACAUCUGGGCCGCGUGCUGUGCCGUCACAAAGAAAGUUGUACAAGGGAUCGAUUUAAAACAAAUUCGAGGACUUGGGUUUGAUGCCACGUGUUCUCUGGUUGUUUUGGAUAAGCAGUUUCGUCCUUUACCAGUAAACCAUGAAGGGGAUUCCCGUCGAAAUAUCAUCAUGUGGCUGGACCACCGAGCGGUCAGUCAGGUCCACAGGAUCAACGAAACCAAGCACAGCGUCCUGCAGUACGUCGGGGGGAUGAUGUCUGUGGAAAUGCAGGCCCCGAAGCUUCUGUGGCUGAAAGAGAACUUGAGAGAGACUUGCUGGGAUAAGGCGGGACAUUUCUUUGAUCUCCCAGACUUCUUAUCGUGGAAGGCAACAGGUGUCGCAGCACGGUCUCUCUGCUCCCUGGUCUGCAAAUGGACAUACUCAGCAGACAAAGGCUGGGAUGACAGUUUCUGGAAGAUGGUUGGUUUGGAAGACUUUGUUGCAGAUAAUUACAGCAAAAUAGGAAACCAAGUGCUGCCUCCUGGAGCUUCUCUCGGAAAUGGGCUCACACCAGAGGCAGCAAAAGACCUUGGCCUUCCCACAGGGACUGCGGUGGCAGCCUCACUCAUUGAUGCCCAUGCAGGAGGACUAGGAGUGAUUGGGGCAGAUGUGAGAGGGCAUGGCCUCGUCUGUGAGGGACAGCCAGUGACGUCACGGCUGGCUGUCAUCUGUGGAACAUCUUCUUGUCACAUGGGGAUCAGCAAAGACCCAAUUUUUGUGCCAGGUGUCUGGGGACCUUAUUUCUCAGCCAUGGUGCCUGGGUUCUGGCUGAAUGAAGGUGGUCAGAGCGUUACUGGAAAAUUGAUAGACCACAUGGUGCAGGGCCAUGCUGCCUUCCCUGAACUACAAGCCAAGGCCACAGCCAGAUGCCAGAAUAUAUAUGCAUAUUUGAACAGUCACCUGGAUCUGAUUAAGAAGGCCCGGCCUGUGGGUUUCCUCACUGUUGAUUUACAUGUUUGGCCAGAUUUCCAUGGCAACCGGUCUCCCUUAGCAGAUCUGACACUAAAGGGCAUGGUCACUGGAUUGAAACUGUCUCAGGACCUUGACGAUCUUGCUAUUCUCUACCUGGCCACAGUUCAAGCCAUUGCUUUCGGGACCCGCUUCAUUAUAGAGGCCAUGGAGGCUGCAGGGCACUCUAUCAGUACUCUUUUUUUGUGUGGAGGCCUGAGCAAGAAUCCCCUUUUUGUGCAAAUGCACGCGGACAUCACUGGCAUGCCUGUGGUCCUGUCGCAAGAGGUGGAAUCUGUUCUUGUGGGCGCUGCUAUUCUGGGUGCCUGUGCCUCGGGGGAUUUCACUUCUGUACAGGAGGCAAUGGCAAAAAUGAGCAAAGUGGGGAAAGUUGUGUUCCCGAGACGAGAGGAUAAAAAAUAUUAUGACAAGAAAUAUCAAGUAUUCCUGAAGCUGGUUGAACACCAGAAGGAGUAUUCAGCGAUUAUGAGUGGAGACUAAACAGGGCUUACAGGUGCUGGUGCCAGAAGGUUCUGUGUCAUCGCAUUAGGGCCCUCCGUCAUUUCAUCUUAUAUUCAAGACCCUUUAGGUAUCACUUCAUCAUUUCUAUAUUGUCUUUUAAUAAAGGAAACUGAGACAUGUGCAAUCAGAA